GUUUCGCCAUAACGAAUAUACUCAAGUACUGCACGCUAGUGUUCCAUUGUAAAUUACUUGGGCGUUGUAUGGAACACCUCGAGCGCGAUUGGAUGUCGAUAAAGAGCGAGAAGGAUAGGGAAAUAAUGGUCCGCAACGUAAAUGUUGGGCGCCAGCUUACUAUGAUUUGUGCACUUUUCAUGUAUACCGGUGGCCUAUCGUAUCAUACGGUGAUGCCAUGGUGGCAGGGUAAUGAAAUCAACGAAUUUAACGAAACGAUAAGACCUCUCGUUUAUCCCGGUUACGAUAUGUUCGUCGAUUCACAAAAAAGCCCCGUUUACGAAAUAAUCUUUUACACUCAUUGCUUCGCUUCCUUCGUUAUGUAUACCAUCACCACGACUGCUUGUAAUUUGGCAGCGACUUUCGUUGCUCACGCGUGUGCUCAAAUUCAAAUAAUCAUGUCGCGCCUCGAGACCCUUUACGAAAACAUUGACGAAGCGGACAAACUUCCGGAACAUCGACUCGGCCUCGUUAUCGAAUCUCACGUUCGAGUACUCAGAUUCACUUCGAUGAUCGAGAUGUUGCUUCGUGAAAUAUGUCUCGUCGAAGUCGUAGCAUCGAGCAUUAUAAUUUGCCUGUUGGAAUAUUAUUGUCUUACGGAAUGGAAUAACAGCGACUCCGUUGCAAUUAUAACAUACUUCGUACUACUAUUGUCAUUCAAUUUUAAUAUAUUCAUAUUUUGUCAUAUCGGUGAAUUACUCAAGGAACAGUGCGGUCGAAUUGGUAACGCUGCAUUCACGAUCGAGUGGUAUCGUUUGCCUGGCAAAACCGGUGUCGCUCUCGUCUUGAUAAUCGCCAUGGCUAAUUUUCCGCGUAAUUUGACGGCUGGAGGAAUGAUGGAACUAUCUAUCAGCAGUUUCGGGGCUAUAAUUAAAAGUUCAGCGGUCUAUUUUAACAUGCUACGAACGAUGGCUAAUUGAAUGAAACAUUUUUUCUUUGCAACUUUGGAUUAUUUUUGAACCAUAUAUGUUAUCCGCAUAAGCAUAUUCGUUAUCAUCAGAAUCAGAGAUUUUCUCGUCGAAACUCGCCAAGAAAUGUAUAUAUCCGUUCAUUUGAAAAAAUUAAAAAAUUACUGG